AUGAAAACGAAGAAGAAUCAGAUUGGGCCAGCGACGUUUCAGACGAAAGCGCAGCGCCAUACCCCUCUUCCGAUCAAUGCUUUAACUGCGGAGGGGAUGGACAUUGGCAGGACGAUUGCCCAGAGAGGCGCGCAUGCGAGAAUUGUGGCUACCUGGGUCAUGAUAAGGAAGACUGUACCAGGAGAGACGGCUACUGCUACAGGUGUGGAAUAUGGGGCCAUCACGCAACGACCUGCAUGGUACCGCGGCACAAGUGGCGAAGAUGAUGGCAAGUCUUUUUCCUUUUCAGGGCUAUGCGGCCAGAGAGGUUGCCAGGGGUACGCUAACACCAUCAUCCUAGUCCUCAGCCUGUAUCAUCAAUCCGAGCAUUUCAAUGUGCAGCAGCCGUUUGAGACUACAACGCAGUGUUGUCUAUUAGAGUAUCUGCAUACGCACCGCAACAUGCUCCGUAGUCCGUCGUCUACUGGACUUGAGGAGAACAACCCGGGGCCCCAACCGAGUGGAUCAGACUCACGCACAGACAUCCUCCACGCCCACCCAGCGGAGUUUCAGCGGGGUUCAGUGCCGUGGCGAUAUAUCGGAGGGCCCCCGACUCUCCCCCGCAGACCAGACAGACCAGACCGGGAGUCCUCCCGUCGAGGACAGCAGCAGGGAUCCACUUACCUGAAUGGGAUGUCGGACUGGGGGUCCGAGUUGGAGACUUAG